CCUGGUCAGAAGCAUUCACUUCAUGUGGCAGUGGCUCCUUCUCAAUAGAACCAUUGAUUUAGGGAAGGUGUGAUAUUGGGUCCAUCUUGGCUGCGAUUUUCCACAAAUCCAUAUCCUUACAACCCUUCCACACACGGUGGUUCCAUCAUGAUUGCCUAGAAUCUCAACACAAGGAACUUGCCUGUAUCCUCAGACUACUGCUGGAAAACGAUCACACCAUUUGACUUAUCACCAUGGCUCAACCGGUAUUGCCCCCAGGACACCGCUACCGCAUCUGGUCACCCGUGGCCGACCUCCUCAGUGAUGAAGGGUACCGGACCCUCCGACCCGGCUCAUCCAAGUUCACCCUUUUACCUGGACAAGUCCAGAACUGGCCCGACUUUGCCAAAGAGGUCAAAGCUCUUCUCGCGCUAUACUGCGGCAACUCCGAAUCCUUCGCCCCCGUGGUGCCCCGGGAGGUUUUUGGAGUGGCGAACGAGUUGGGGGUGCAGGGCCGCCUCGUCCAGAACGCCCUGCACCCGGUGGGUGAGGUGGCCGACCUGCUCAAGCUUGGGGUCCGCUUUGGGGACUCCCAGUACGGAGUAAACAGGCUCCUCGUAGAAGCCAAGAAGCAGGUGAAGAGAGAAGUCAAAGCGGAUAUAAAGCGAAAGAUAGGAGAGCAGCAGCAGCAGCAGGCGGGGGACAAGCUUGUUCCCGACGUGGUGAUUGCAGACACCACGACCCAUGCUAUCCGCGGCGUAGGCGAGGUCAAGACAUUUUGGAGAUUUGAGCCGCGGAAAAAACAGCCCUGGGACGAGUUCAUAGCCGAAAAACUCGGCCAGCUUGCCAGAUACAUGGAUGAUAACUACGCCCGCUUUGGAUUUCUUAGCAUCUACGAGAGGACGUGGUUUGUCAAACGUGUCGGCGACAACGCGUUCGCCAUGUCGCCCCCGAUCAGUUCGAAAGCUGGCUCCUCGGCCACCGAAGUCUCCUUGCGAGAGUGCUUUUUGGCAUUCGCUCUUAGGGGGGCGGAUGCCACUGGAAGCAAGUAUCACCGAAGAUACGGCCUUGUUCUGGUAAUUUCUGGACCUUGUAAUUACCCCAUCCUAGCUUUGAUUCUGAUGCUGUGGACAGACGCGUCGCGGCCGCGGUAAGCGGGCCUUACCCGGAUCGGGCCGUAAGGCGAACCAGCCGGGAUUCUGAGAGGCUCCAGAGAGUCCAUUCCCUACCUUUCUGAGAGACCUCGGUCAUGGCAAGCACGGCAGGAUAUGGUGGUGUAAACUCGAGCUGAACAAAUAGGAGCAAGCACUGUUCUUCGCACCGUGUGGCUGUA